UCGGGAUUGGACGUGUGACCCGUUGCGCAUUAGGACCCAGUGAAGAGCGAGUUUCUGUUGUCUGACUGGAUUGCAAAUUCGCCAUGAGUCUGUCGUUUUAGGCCUUGGCAGUGCGGUGUUAAGACAGAUUGUUGUCACGUUUGACUAACGGAGGAUUAACAAAAACACAAUUUCGCAAACCAAGAUGGAGUACGAGUGGAAACCCGAUGAGCAAGGGCUCCAGCAGAUCUUACAACUAUUGAAAGAAUCACAAUCUCCAGACACCGCCAUCCAGAGAUCUGUUCAGCAAAAACUGGAGCAACUUAAUCAAUAUCCAGAUUUCAAUAACUAUCUGAUUUUUGUUCUUACAAAGUUGAAAUCAGAAGAUGAGCCCACACGAUCCCUGAGUGGUUUGAUUUUAAAAAAUAAUGUGAAAGCACAUUUACACAACUUUCCAAAUGGGGUCACUGACUUCAUCAAAAAUGAGUGCCUGAGAAACAUUGGGGAUUCUUCACCCUUAAUAAGAGCCACAGUUGGAAUCCUAAUUACAACUAUAGCCUCAAAGGGUGAGCUACAAAAUUGGCCUGAUCUCUUGCCCAAAUUGUGUGUGCUUUUGGACUCAGAAGAUUACAAUACAUGUGAAGGAGCUUUUGGUGCUCUUCAGAAGAUUUGUGAAGAUUCUGCUGAGAUUUUAGACAGUGAUAUCUUGGACAGGCCACUCAAUGUCAUGAUUCCUAAAUUUCUGCAGUUUUUUAAACAUAGCAGUUCCAAGAUAAGGUCUCAUGCUGUUGCCUGUGUAAACCAGUUCAUUAUCAGUAGAACUCAAGCUUUGAUGUUGCAUAUCGACUCUUUCAUCGAGAACUUAUUUGCAUUGGCUGGAGAUGAAGAAGCUGAAGUACGAAAAAAUGUCUGCCGUGCCCUUGUUAUGCUGCUUGAAGUCCGAAUGGAUCGGUUGCUUCCUCAGAUGCACAACAUUGUAGAGUACAUGUUACAGAGAACACAGGAUCAAGAUGAAAAUGUUGCAUUAGAAGCCUGUGAAUUCUGGCUAACAUUGGCUGAACAGCCCAUAUGCAAAGAUGUACUUUCUGGGCAUAUGUCACUGUUAAUACCCGUCCUUGUGAAUGGGAUGAAAUAUUCAGAAAUAGAUAUUAUUCUUCUUAAGGGUGAUGUUGAAGAAGAUGAAACAGUUCCUGACAAUGAGCAAGAUAUUAAGCCUCGCUUUCACCGAUCCAGAACUGUUGCACAGCAGCAUGAAGAAGAUGGAAUUGGUGAAGAAGAGGAAGAUGACGACGAUCUAGAUGAUGAUGAUACAAUUUCUGAUUGGAAUUUAAGAAAAUGUUCUGCUGCUGCAUUGGACGUGUUGGCUAAUGUUUUCCGGGAUGAAUUGUUGCCACAUGUUUUACCACUGCUGAAGGAACUGCUGUUCCACCCAGACUGGGUGGUGAAGGAGUCUGGAAUUCUGGUGCUUGGAGCAAUUGCUGAAGGUUGCAUGCAAGGAAUGAUACCUUAUCUGCCAGAACUUAUCCCUCACCUUAUUCAGUGCCUCUCUGACAAGAAAGCUCUCGUCCGUUCUAUUACAUGUUGGACGCUCAGCCGCUAUGCACAUUGGGUAGUAAGUCAGCCCGCAGACACCUACUUAAAGCCAUUAAUGACCGAACUGCUGAAACGUAUCUUGGACAGCAAUAAGAGAGUACAAGAAGCUGCCUGCAGUGCUUUUGCUACCUUAGAGGAAGAGGCCUGCACAGAAUUGGUGCCGUACCUUGGUUAUAUACUUGAUACACUUGUUUUUGCUUUUAAUAAAUAUCAGCACAAGAAUCUUCUUAUUCUGUAUGAUGCUAUUGGAACCCUUGCUGACUCGGUUGGACACCAUUUAAAUAAACAAGAGUAUAUUCAGAUGUUGAUGCCUCCACUCAUUCAGAAAUGGAACAUGUUGAAGGAUGAAGACAAAGACCUUUUCCCCUUACUUGAGUGCCUGUCUUCUGUUGCCACUGCCUUGCAGUCUGGCUUUCUUCCCUACUGUGAACCGGUAUACCAGCGUUGUGUAAACUUAGUCCAAAAGACACUUUCACAAGUUAUGUUGCAUGGCUCUCAACCUGAUCAGUGUGAGGCCCCAGAUAAAGAUUUCAUGAUUGUUGCACUUGAUUUAUUGAGUGGCCUCGCUGAAGGUCUUGGAGGAAGUAUUGAGCAACUAGUAGCACGGAGUAAUAUUUUAUCGUUAAUGUAUCAGUGUAUGCAGGAUAAAAUGCCAGAAGUACGGCAGAGUUCAUUUGCUUUGUUGGGUGACUUAACCAAGGCUUGCUUUCAGCAUGUGAAACCAUGCAUUGCUGACUUCAUGCCAGUUCUUGGAACUAAUUUGAAUCCAGAGUUUAUUUCAGUGUGCAAUAAUGCUACAUGGGCAAUUGGAGAGAUUUCCAUUCAAAUGGGGAUUGAAAUGCAGCCUUAUGUUCCAUUGGUCUUGCCCCAGCUGGUGGAGAUCAUCAAUAGGCCUAACACACCAAAAACAUUACUGGAAAAUACAGCAAUAACAAUUGGUCGUCUUGGUUACGUUUGUCCUCAAGAGGUGGCCCCCAUGCUACAGCAGUUUAUAAGACCCUGGUGUACUUCACUACGAAACAUAAGAGAUAAUGAAGAGAAGGAUUCUGCUUUCCGUGGCAUUUGCAGUAUGAUAGGUGUCAACCCAGGAGGAGUUGUGCAGGACUUCAUUUUUUUCUGUGAUGCAGUGGCAUCUUGGAUUAGUCCAAAAGAUGACCUCCGUGAUAUGUUCUACAAGAUACUUCAUGGCUUUAAAAAUCAAAUUGGGGAUGAGAAUUGGAGCCGUUUUUCAGACCAGUUCCCACCUCCUUUGAAGGAACGCCUUGCAGCAUAUUAUGGAGUCUAGCUGUGUAUGCUGUUGUCAACCUAUAUUGGUGGUCAUUCAAGCUGGGAAGUCCAUAGGGAGCCUCUGCACCCAGGGAAAAAGUUACCCUUUACGGGGGGGGGAAGGGUAAACCAGUGGGACAUAUAGUACAAUCCCAACCCUACUGGGACAGGUGGGAGGGAGAUGUUUAGCCGUCGCACUGUUCAGUCGACAUUGGGGAAAGUUAAACCCUGAAGUCUUUUUCGAUGGACAUUUGUCUCUUCUUUUUAGAGCUUUUCACCAGAAGAGAAGAAACAAAGGAAGACAUCUGACCCAUAAACAUCAUGUUCUGACAAAGGGAAACUGCAGCAAAUGCAGUAAUGUAGGCUUCAAAAGUGGGUUUAAUUGCAGAGAGAAAAUCAUAAUCAUUAGGUUAAAAGUCGACAGCCAAGAGACAUAGGGGUUUUGCAUUCAAACUAAGGCUGAAGGUAAGAAUUAAGGAAACACUUGGGGAUUAAUAGGUUUAUGCAUGAUUUUAGGAGAGCUAAAAAUGACAGUGUUAGGGCAAUUCAGAAGAGCAGCUUGUUUCCAAGAUAGUGAACACCUACGUAAAAUCAUAGCUAUGAAAAUGUAAGUUUCUGAUUAAGUAAUAUUUUCAGUCACGGUGAAUGACAAAUGAUUGGUAACAACCUAAAAUAGCUUGGGAAAUCCUAAAAUAAGUUUUUUUUUCAUUGAAUGGUACGUGCAUAUUGGUUAAAGUUUGACAUAUCUUUUGAAAUAGUUUUGCAGUUUAGAAACACAAAGGAUAGUACAAGUAACUGGUUAAAAUGCCUUAGUUCAAAUUUUCUUUCUAAGCAACAUCUUUGUAGUGUACAUGUUCUAGUUAAGGUACAGGCAUGUAACUUGGUUCACUGUGGUUAGCAGUAAGGUUGCUUUGUUUAGUGAGACAUUGAGCUAGCAUGCGUGCAUCAUAGAGAGUGGAAGUGGUAAGGUUUCUUUCCCACUAAGAAUUUUUUUUUUAGUGGUACAGCUCAGCAAUAUUACUGAAUAGAUUUUGUGUAAAAUACCCCAAGGCUUUUCAUAUAGGAUUUUAAUUUCUGUUAAGGUUAUUCAUAGGUAUAACCAGUUUAUAAGGAUUUGAAGUAUCGUUAGGAUCCACUAGGGUUAAGAUUGUUAUUGUAUUGUGUGUAACCUGCACAAUGUGGAAAGUUGAAAUCUCCAUGCAAAUCUGUUGCCUCUGUGCUGUCAGUGUGAUGUGCUUCUUGCAUGGUUAUAUACUAUUGAAAUUAUAGAACCUCCUUAAAAGAAUUAUGUAGUAAGGCAAUUGAAAGCUGCAUAAUUAUAUAACAUAUAAAGAAAAUGUACAAGUGUAAGAGAAAGGUUUGCUUUAUUUAGUGUUUUAAUCAGACUUGAUUGGUAAUAUUUUUGUUCAAAGCAUGAUCUCAUGAGAUGCUUAACUGUCCUUAAGUGGGAUAGGUCAAAAUUUCAAUCUGAAAUAUUUGAAACAAAAAUUGGCACAUUGGUGGCCCUUUGUGCCAUUAAAGCUGCAGGAGUACAAAAGGAAUGGAUCCGUUUUCCUUUAAUUUGUUCCACUUUAUGUUGCUUUCUAUACUCCUUUGUGUAAAUAAAUCCUUUUACAUUGAAUUCUGCCCCUUCCCCAUAAUGUGUAUUUUGUUGUAAAUCUUUUUUAUUUUUUUAUUAUGUACUGUGAAUGUGGAAAACAAAACCAACUGGUACACUUGACCUUUGUUAUGUGUGAGUCUUUUGUAAUAUGUUAACUGUCUGAUCCCGUGAUGGUUAGAAUUUUUUUUCAGAUGGGACAUACCCUCCCCCCAGGGAAAUUAGCAGCUCUGCUGGUCAGAGUAUGGAGCCCUGCACUACUUCUGGAGGCUGCAAGGCUAGAUUAAGAUAUACAGCAAAUGACUUUAAUGCUUUAAAAGCCCUGACAGCUUUUUUUAAAAAUAUUUUUAGGUUUUCCUCCAUUGCAUAUUUUGCUACACAAGACUGAAUGUUUGGCUGUUUUUUGUUUUGCUGCUUGCUUUUAAGUUUUUGUGUGCAAUGACUGGGAUAACUAAUGCACUGAAAAACACAGGCUUUCUGUGUAUGUUUAUGAAUGUGUGUGUGUGUGUGUGACUGAAAUUGUGGCAAGGAAUUUUGUAGUUAUGGUGUGCUUCGCAUUGCAUUGUGAUUAUCAUUUCCUUAAAACUUUGCAUGAAGAAUGCCAUUUAUACAUUCCUUUGCAUAGUUUGGAAAUUGAUUGGACAAAUUUGACAUAAUGAUUGCUUAGUGUAUACAAAUCCUUUAUUAUGCUGGUUAAUUGAACCCUAGAACAAGCUCCCAUCAACUUGCAUGGUCAUUUCCAGAAGUGCCAGAUUCAAAAACUUGCAUGUAAUGAACUUUAAUUGCCAAUUAAUUCAUAAAUGAUUUUUAUAAUUGCUCAGGUUAUUACAAAACAGCUCCUUAGCUGCUACUAGAAGCUACUCUAAGAGAAAUGUACUUGCAUGUUGUUCAUAGGUUUCAACCAAAAGAAUUUUCUCUGCUCACUACCUUCAGUUGAUUCCAAAAAGUGCAUAAUGUGCUUCUGGUAUGAAAGAGUAUUUUCUUCAGGUCAGAUAUUGCCUAAAUAAGAAUAUAAUAUUUCCUUCUGGAUUUGUGUUGCUUUAUAUAACAUUAACAAAACUCCAAUUGGAUUUAAGUCACUUCAAUGUUCAGGUGUAAGGAAUACAAGUUACAUAAUUGUAACAGUUUUCGUAGAUUUAUAAAUACAUGGAUAAAGGUUUUUUUGAGAAGACAAAGUAACGAUUAGAUUUAGAUAAUUGAGAUUCUUUAAUUCCAGGCACUCUGGCAGUCAUUUUGCUGAAGAAAACACUAUAAUAUUACAGUAAUGUAGCUCUUGAAAUAUCAGGAGUAAUUUUAUUAUUGUAAUAUUAAACUAUACCUGCUAAAAUAAAGUAUUUUGUUUUUGCUUGUUGUUCUCCCUUUAUCCCUGUUCUUCCAAAUUUUUGUUUCUAACACCCAAGAAUAAUUUUCAUGCUAAAACACCUUUUCAAAUGCUUUAGUACAAAAUUAUUAACAGUUUUAACCUGCUGAUAAGAUGACCUACAUGAGAAAUUAAAUAAAUAUCUCAGUUAUAAAGACCCAAAAUAACAUGCAAGUUAUUAGAUUGUUCAUAAAACAUCUUGUUACAUGAGAAUCCACUAACAGUUGGAUGAAUUUUUAUCCAAGGAGGUACUUCAAUGAGAUACACUAAUCUUGGAUAAUUACUGUUGAAGUAUGCUGUGUUUUGGACAGGCAAUCUGUAAUGCCCACAAAGCACAUUUUGCAUAAUUUUUUUGCAUUUACUAGCAGUAUUCAAAUUUGAACAAUAGUAUAACUAAUCUAAAUGCAGUAUUUCAAAGACUAAAGCAUCUUUGUUAAGGUCCAGCUAGGGCUAAUACAUUUUAAUAGAGUGGAAAUCCACAGCUAAUGAUAUGAAAAAUUUAUUUCCUCAUUCAAUAAUUUUGUGUAAACAUACUGAACAGUCUUAUGUCUGAUACUUUAAAUGUAUUUGUCCUGUUGACCUUUAUCUGAAUGUUUGAAAACUCCAAUUCUAUUUGCAUAUAACUUCUACAUAAUUGGCUUGUAGUAUCCUAAAUUACAAAUCGUUCCAGCACCUUAGGGGAAACAGUGUGUUGCUCCUUGCAUUUUGUUUUCAAUUUUAGUUUUGUUGUUUCUUCAUUUAAAAAUUGAGCCCAUAAUGAAAAUUUACAUGAAUUACUACUUGUUUCUCAUUCUGGUGUUUGUGUGGAAAUGGCAAAUGAUUGUAAUAUUUUUCUCUGGUCUCCUAUCUGGUAUGCCAUUGUAAUAAAAAGCCAAAAAUCCUAUUUGAGUGAAUGGACAAUUUGCUGGCAACAUUCAUUCAUUUGUCUGAUCUUUUCUAAAUAUAAUAUCAUGUGUUUUUUCUAAAAUAAAUUAGGAGCCCGAGUGGCACUUUACAAUAUCACACUUAACUGAGCUUCUGAUAAACUAUUACUUAACAGAGAAUGCUGGAAAAGCUCAGGUUAGGCAACAUCUGCAGAGGGAAACCAAAUUCAUGUUUCAUGUUGAGAAAUGUUUCUUGCCAUUCAAGCACCUGAUGUUAAAUCAAAGCAGGUGAUGUAGUAGCCACCUGGUUCUCUCAGCUGAAUCACUCUCCACAUGUAGAACAUUACAGAAAAUGUUCUCUCUAUGUUGAUGUUGCAAAGUUUUUUUUGUGACCAAUUUAAAAUUAAGAGUUUUGAGAAGCUUGUUAAGAUGUGUGAUGUUGAAAACUGCUGAUCAGAUAUUGUAACAAAGAAUUUGUAACAUUUUAAUUUUAGUAUCCAGUUAGAUAUUUGUAAGAAAAAUACUUUGUGCGGUGAAAUUUAAUUCACUGAAUCAUGCUAUUCAUUUAGUUUUAUUCUUGUAGCUUGUAUUAAAGUUUUGAAUUUUUUUGAAGAGUAUGUUUGUACCUUGUAAUGGAGACAGUGAAUGCAAAAUAUUUUAAAUGUUGAAUUAUAUCCACCUUCCUCACCCAUUAACAUAGAAAAUGGAAUUAUAUAUUUAUUUCCCUUUUCUCUCCCUGAUUUAAGUCAAUUUGUGAACUUCCUGGAGAAACUUAAAAACUGAAAAUGAAAUGGCUGAAGUACUUUCAAAUAUGCAUGCACAGUGCAUUGUUGAUGUAUGAAUAAGAUUGAUUUUAGCCACCCUUUUAUGGGUGUAAAACAAAGCUUCAAUUUCAUUCAUAUUGCUGAGGAAUUGAAAGGAACAAAUAGAUUCUGUCAGAAUAGUUCCUUACUCUAAUCAAAAGUUUUUUAAAAAUACAUUUUUUGCACAAACUAAAUGCAUCAUGGGAUAUACAGCACAUUAUGGUUGCUUGUUCUGUAGAUGUUCCAUAUGGUUUUUGAGUGUAGGAAGAAUGUUGGGAGUCAUGAGAAUUAGUCUGUCACAUUCCAGUGUAUCUGCCUUCUUGGCAUGCUAAAGCACGGCUUAGUUUGUCUGCUCCUCACACUGAAUGGAGUGCUGUUUGUGUGCUGUCUUUGCAGAAACAGCCGCUGCUAUUGAUGUAGCUUUUCUACUUGAAUAUUUUGGUUGUAGAAAUCUCAGGUCAGCAUUAACUUUUUAUAUAAGCCUUUUACCUUUCUUUCCUGGUUGAGCUUCCCCCUUGAAUGGUUCUAACAGUACAUUAUUUAGCAAUGAUAGGUGAUUCAAGUCAAUUUUCUUUUAUACCACUGUGUCAAUUCACAUGAUUUUACUUUGUGAAAAUAUGGUCAUAGCCUGAAAUGGAACUUGGUGUUGUGUUCACUUACACAUUUCCCACACGUUCUAUUCUGCAGCUACAAAGCUUUAUGGAUUUUAAACUAAAAACUGCAUAAAGAUUAGCAUUCAACUGUUUUGUCAGUAUAUACGUAAACUUGAAUUAUGUAUUACCUCAUUGUAAUUGGGACCUGUGAUGAAUGAGACGGGGUCAUACUGUGGAUAAUUUGUCAUUUAUUACAGCUGAAUGUGACAUUUAUGAAGUAUAAUACUGUAAAUGUCCCAUGAUAUUUGUAUCAAAACAAGUGUAGUAAUGGCUUAGUGGCACUUUGGUCUUCACUCCCUGCUACAACUAACAACUUGAGAUGACAGUAGUCUUUUGAACUUCUGUAGUCACACUCUGUGGGCUAGUUAGAGGUGUUGACAGACAUGUAGCUAUCAUGGUAAGUUUUAGAAUUGAAAAGUAAUUGCAACUGUGCAUGGGAGUUUUCUGAAUUUUAAUGACCAAAGGAUUUUUUUUAAAGAGCUUCACUCACAAGUAAUGUGAUGUUAGAAUGUGUCCUUGGAAUCUUCUCCUGCAACCCCUUCAAUGAAUAUAAGCAACAUUUCUUGGAUGUCUGCUUCUGUGUAAACUUGAUAAAACUUCAUUUGGAAUAGAAACAUGCUUUUAAUUUUUGAUAAGCUGCUGAAUUUUGAAGAAAGUUUUUGGGGCCACCAAAUAUUUUGGAUCAUGCAGAGAAUAUAUAUUGUAUUGAUAUGUAGUUUUUGUAAUGAUAAAUGUUAGUUUGUAAAUUGUAGUGAACUAGUAGAUGUUAAUGUUAACCACUGCUAGGAAAUGUAUGUUCAAAAUAAAUCACCUUAAAGCUGACAGUUGAGUUCUGGUUUUCAUCUGGGGCACUAGAAAUUUUGGGAAGGUAAACUGGGCUAGUUUCUUGUACCACUUCAUCAACUCUGUCACCCCUCCAUGCUCACUCUUGAUUGUUAAAUGGAUAAUUGUGCUCAGUCGUUACAUUCUUCCACUCUAGGAGAAUCUACAAAGCACUAAUGUGUUUAGUAUAUAUGAACAUGAGAAGUAUCAAUUAGCAAACAAAUGUUUAUUCUCACAUUCUUGAAAUGUUUUUAGUUGCGAAAUAUAUAAUUUCCCUUUUGGUUAUCCUGAUGUUGCAGAUUUGCAAGGAUAUACAAUACAUUUGUAAAUCAAUGCCUCAUUGGUGUAAAGUGAUUACAGUAUUCUUCCUAUUAGUGAAUAGAAAUGAAAAGAAGCAUAUUUUUCCAAUGUAAAAUGGUUGGAAAUGCUGGGUUGUUCAGAAUAAAUUUGAUUGAAAUUAAUAUCUUAAGCUGCUCUACUUCUAUAAAUUAAUACUGUCCAUU